AUGGGAAAGAAUACCGACAAGUUAUACAUUACACAGAGCGAAUGGGCACUAGGAGAUCACAGUGUCGGCGGCGGAAAAAAGAGCGAGGCACAAUCUGGCGUCCAGAAGAAUCCCUUUUGGCACUGCACUAUUGGCCAGCAACCUAUCGAGCACAAGAACAUGAUGUGUGACAAGCUGGGUUACGUUUACGACAUCAAGAACAUUGUGCCUUACAUUGUCAAGCAGGGUAAAAAGGCCGGCAAGAAGGGCGUACCGCAUCCAGUGGAGCCUGGAGCCACAUUGACUCGAACAGAUCUCAUGAAGCUGACAGUCACAGUGAAUGGAGAGGGCAAGAUUAUUGAUCCCGUGAGCUUCAAGGAGAUGAGCAAGUACCACAAUGCCGUGGUUGUGCGGCCAAGCAAACGGGUAUAUUUGGAGGACACAAUCAAGGAGCUAGGCAAGAGUGGGAGGGAUCCUGUGAGCGACGAAGCAUUCACCAAGACCGAUGUGUUGAGGUUACGCAAUUUUGCUGAGAUGGAGGAAGGGGAUGGAACAUUAGUGAAAAAAGGAGAGGCAGAUUCGUCAGCACAAGAUAUCAAGCCUACGGAUCGAACUGGCCAGACCACAACCCAUCACGUGGCAGCUUCGUUGACAUCCACAACUUAUGUACCAACCACUCAGGUGACUGUGAUAGAGGAGGAUCUGGUGGACAAGCUUAAGCCCAAGAUGGCUGAACUCAAGGACCCAGUAUAUGCUCUGCUGACGAUAAAUUGCCAGGGCAAACGAGGUCAAAUAAACCUGGAGUUGUAUCCCUAUAAUGCACCCUUGACGGUCUACAACUUUGUCAAGCUUGCACAGAAGGGGUAUUACGAUGGCACCAUUUUCCACCGCAACAUUAAGCAUUUCAUGAUCCAGGGUGGAGAUCCUACCGGCACUGGCUCGGGUGGAGAGUCCAUUUUUGGCAAAACCUUUAGAGAUGAAUGCGGGACCUUCAACCCUCAUACUCACGAUAGUCGGGGAGUGCUAAGUAUGGCGAAUAGAGGCAAGGGAACCAACUCCAGCCAGUUCUUCAUCACCUACAGCCGAGCCCCUCAUCUGGACGGGAAGCAUACUGUGUUUGGACGGGUGGUGGACAACUCGUUUCUGACUACGUUGGAGCUGUCUGAGACGGUGGACGACAAACCCGUGAAAAAUAUCACGUUGGAGAGUGUUAGUGUUUCGAGCGACCCGUUUUCUUUCUUGGAGGGUGGGCAUAUUAAUGCACAAGAGGCCAAUAAGAAGACGACGCCCAUGGAUGACUCGCCGUUUCUAAAGAAGCAGACCGGAGAGAGUGGCAAGAUUGGACGGUAUCUGAAGCUGUCCGAGCCUGCAGAAGACGCUGCUGACGAUCCCACCUCGUCCAUUUCUCAAAAGAGGAAGCGAAUCACCUCGUUGGCCAACAGUAAUUUUUCUGGGUGGUAA